AUGCAAGCUCCUUUCUCUACCUGCUUUUACUGUUCUAUCAUCUUUGUGUCGUUUGUGGGGGGCUUGUCAUUUGGAGCUGACUCCUUGAGUUCAGGUCAGUCUAUGAAAGAUGGAGAGACAUUGGUCUCUUCCGGCCAAAGCUUUGAGCUUGGCUUCUUCUCUCCUGGAAGCUCCAAGAGCAGGUACUUGGGGAUAUGGUACAAGAUCACUCCUGAGACAGUAGUUUGGGUGGCUAAUGGAGGCAACCCGCUAACUGAUUCGAGUGGUGUUCUCACGUCUGGCCAUGAGGGGACUCUAGCUCUUCUGAACCAAUCGAAGGGUGUUGUUUGGUCUUCGAAUUCGUCUGGGGUCCUAACCAAUCCUGUUGCAUGUCUCCUGGAGUCUGGAAACCUUGUUCUUUGGGAUAACAUCAGUUCAAAUCCCGGUGAUACCUAUUCGUGGCAAAGCUUUGAUUACCCGUGCGACACGCUUUUAUCCUAUAUGAAACUGGGGUCGAACUUGAGAACCGGUUUCAAAUGGUAUCUGACCGCAUGGAAAAGCGUGGAUGACCCUUCCCCUAGCGACUACACCUGUGGAUUAGACGACCAAGGGCUGCCACAUAUUGUUAUACUCAGGAACGGUUCGACAAGGACAUAUCAGAGUGGUGUGUGGAAUGGAGUCGAGUUCAGCGGUCUCUCAGUGGCUGCGAAUUCCAUCUCGAGGCAAAUGUUGGUCAACAACCAGACGGAUGUCUAUUUCGCUUAUCAAGCUCCGGGUGAUGGGAUUAUCACCAGAGUCAGUCUGAAUGAGUCCGGGUCAUUACAACGACUUGUGAGGAAGAAAGAAAGUGCUAGUUGGAUUGUCAUGUACUCGCUUCCCAAUGAUUCAUGCGACAACUACGCAUUAUGCGGAGCUAAUGGUUUCUGCAGAAGUAACCUCUCCUCGAAAUGCCAGUGCUUGCAGGGUUUCAUACCCAAGUCACCGGAAGAAUGGCAAAUGCUUUAUUUUUCUGGUGGCUGCAUGAGGAAGGUGCCUGUAAAUUGUUCGAAAGGAGAAGGGUUUUUCAAACUUUCAAGGGUAAGCUGCCUGAUCUGGUUGACUACUGAUUGA